GUCCUGUUUGAUUGCAAGAAGGACGACACCCUCCACCUCUGCCUCGACUACCGCAGUCUCAACGACUAUACAGUCAGGAACAAUUAUCCUAUGCCCCGCGCGAACGAUCUGUUCGACCGCCUCUCCAACCACCACUUUUUCACGAAGAUCGGUCUUCGCAGCGGAUAUCACCAGAUCCGCGUAGCCGAGGAGGACCAGCCUAAGGCCGCUUUCUGUUCUUGUUUUGGGCACUACGAGUUUGCCGUCAUGCCUUUCAGUCUUCGUAAUGCCCCUUCCACCGUCUAUGUGAAGGACGUGGAGGUGGAAGAAGGUGUGAAGGCACUUGCCUGUGGUGGAUGGGUGAAGGAGGUGGAGGUGGAAGAAGGUAUGAAGGUGAAUAGCUACGGUGGAUGGGUGAAGGAGGUGGAGGUGAAAGGUGUGAAUGUGCUUAGCUAUGGUGGACGGGUGAAGGAUGUCGAGGUGGAAGAAGGUGUGAAGGUGCAUAGCUAUGGUGGGUGGGUGAAGGAGGUGGAGGUGGAAGACGACAUGAAGGUGCUUGGCUAUCGCGGAUGGAUGAAGAAGGUGGAGUUGGAAGGUGUGAAGGUGCUUGGCUAUGGUGGAUGGGUAAAGGAGGUGAAGGUCCAAGGAGGUGUGAAGGUGCUUGGCUAUGGUGGGUGGGUGAAGGAGGUGGAGGUGGAAGAAGGUGUGAAGGUGCUUGGCUAUGGUGGAUGGGUGGAGUUGGAGGUGGAAGAAGGUGUGAAGGUACUUGGAUACGGCGGAUGGGUGAAGGAGGUGGAGGUGGAAGAAGAUGUGAAGGUACUUGGCUAUGGUGGAUGGGUGAAGGAGGCAGAGGUGGAAGAAGAUGUGAAGGUGUUUGGCUAUGGUGGAUGGGUGAAGGAGGUGGAGGUGGAAGAAGGUGUGAAGGUGCUUGGCUAUGGUGGGUGGGUGAAGGAGGUGGAGGUGGAAGAAGGUGUGAAGGUGCUUGGCUAUGGCGGAUGGGUGAACGAGUUGGAGGUGGAAGAAGGUGUGAAGGUACUUGGAUAUGGCGGAUGGGUGGAGGUGGAGGUGGAAAAAGAUGUGAAGGUACUUGGCUAUGAUGGAUGGGUGAAGGAGGUGGAGGUGGAAGAAGGUGUGAAGGUGCUUGGCUAUGGUGGAUGGGUGGAGGCGGAGGUGGAAGAAGGUGUGAAGGUGUUUGGCUAUGGUGGAUGGGUGAAGGAGGUGGAGGUGGAAGAAGGUGUGAAGGUGAUUGGUUAUGGCGGAUAGGUGAAGGAGGUGGAGGUGAAAGAAGGUGUGAAGGUACUUGGAUAUGGUGGAUGGGUGAAGGAGGUGGAGGUGGAAGAAGGUGUGAAAGUACUUGGCUAUGGUGAAUAGGUGAAGGAGGCGGAGGUGGAAGAAGGUGUGAAGGUGUUUGGCUAUGGUGGAUGGGUGAAGGAGGUGGAGGUGGAAGAAGGUGUGAAGGUGCUUGGCUAUGGCGGAUGGGUGAAGGAGGUGGAGGUGGAAGAAGGUGUGAAGGUACUUGGCUAUGAUGGACCCUAUGUUUCUAGCCCCUACCUACUUGCAUGGCGUUAACGUCUAAACCAUCAGAAAAA